GCCCAGGGAUUGUUGCGGCUGUCGAGGCGUCAGAUGCCGGAGCCUCCGCUGUCGUUCUCGGUGUAGUGUCCCGCCGUCCCCGCCGCUGCCGCCGCCGCCAUGAGCUACACAGGCUUUGUCCAGGGAUCUGAAACUACUUUGCAGUCAACAUACUCAGACACCAGUGCUCAGCCCACCUGUGAUUAUGGAUAUGGAACUUGGAACUCUGGGACAAACAGAGGCUACGAGAGCUAUGGCUAUGGCUAUGGCUAUGGCCAGGAUAACGCCACCAACUAUGGGUAUGGUAUGGCCACUUCCCACUCCUGGGAAAUGCCCAGCUCUGACACAAAUGCCAACCCCGGUGCCUCGGGUGGCGCCAGUGCCGAUUCCGUUUUAUCCAGAAUUAACCAGCGCUUAGAUGUGGUGCCGCACUUGGAGACUGACGUGAUGCAAGGAAGCAUGUACGGCUCUGGUGGGGAAAGAUAUGACUCCUAUGAGGCCUGUGACACGAGGGCCGUCCUGGGUGAGCGCGACCUCUACCGGUCGGGCUAUGACUAUGGCGACCUCGACCCUGAGAUGGAAAUGGCCUAUGAGGGCCAGUAUGACGCCUACCGCGACCAGUUCCGCAUGCGUGGCGGCGACUCCUUCGGUCCGAGGGCUCAGGGCUGGGCCCGGGAUGCCCGGAGCGGCCGGCCGAUGGCCUCGGGCUAUGGGCGCAUGUGGGAAGACCCCAUGGGGGCCCGGGGCCAGUGCAUGCCAGGUGCCUCCCGGCUGCCCUCCCUCUUCUCCCAGAACAUCAUCCCCGAGUACGGCAUGUUCCAGGGCAUGCGCGGCGGGGGCGCCUUCCCGGGCGGCGCCCGCUUUGGCUUUGGCUUUGGCAAUGGCAUGAAGCAGAUGAGGCGGACCUGGAAGACCUGGACCACGGCCGACUUCCGGGUGCGUGAGGCGGCGGGCCAGGGCUGACUUCCGGGAGGGCCGGGCACCGGGCAAAGGCUGACUUGUAGCUCCUCUGCUUUUAUAGACGAGGGCACCGAGGGGGAGGCCGCCGAGGGCCCGGAAGGCACUGAGCCCAUGGAGAAAGGCUCUCGAGAAGGAGAGGACGAGGAGGGAAAAGAGGACGGGAGAGAAGAUGGCAAGGAUGAGUCAGAGAAGGGAGCCCUGACCAGCCAGGAUGAGAGCAGCCAGGCCAAGCGCAAGCUACAGGCUGCCAAGAAGAGCCAGGACAAGCAGAAGAAGCGGCAGCGUGACCGCAUGGUGGAAAGGAUCCAGUUCGUGUGCUCUCUUUGCAAAUACCGGACCUUCUACGAGGAUGAGAUGGCCAGCCACCUGGACAGCAAGUUCCACAAGGAGCACUUUAAGUAUGUGGGCACCAAGCUGCCCAAGCAGACGGCCGACUUCCUGCAGGAGUACGUCACCAACAAAACCAAGAAGACAGAGGAGCUCCGAAAAACUGUGGAGGAUCUUGAUGGUCUGAUCCAACAGAUCUAUCGGGACCAGGACCUGACCCAAGAGAUCGCCAUGGAGCACUUUGUGAGGAAAGUGGAGGCCGCCCACUGCGCGGCCUGCGAUCUCUUCAUCCCCAUGCAGUUCGGGAUCAUCCAGAAGCACCUCAAGACCAUGGAUCACAACCGGAACCGCAGGCUCAUGAUGGAGCUGGUGACUUCCGGUCAGGAGAUGAAGACUUCAGGGGUGAGGACGAGCUCUGUGACUCGGGGAAGCAGAGAGGAGACAAGGACGACGAGGAGGAGGAUGGGAAGAAGAGGCGGGAAAAGCAACGGAGAAGAGACAGGACACGGGACCGGGCGGUGGACAGGAUUCAGUUUGCCUGUUCUGUGUGCAAGUUCCGUAGCUUUGAAAAUGAAGAAAUCCAGAGCCAUCUGCAGAGCAGAUUUCAUAAAGACACAUUGCGGUUUAUAAGCACCAAACUGCCUGACAAGACGGUAGAGUUUCUCCAGGAAUACAUCAUAAACAGGAACAAGAAGAUUGAAAAGCGGCGGCAGGAGCUAAUGGAGAAGGAAAGUCCCAAGCCCAAACCAGAU